CUGGUUUUUGUAUCUAGGCGAAAGGUCGCACUAUUGACAGUCUGUUAGAUGUGGCGGCCGAGCCUGCAGACGCACUGACCUUUGGAAAUUGGCGCUGGAAGCAGCAGCAUGUCGCUCAUUAGAGGUGUGUUCAUUGUGUCUGCGAAACGCACUCCCUUUGGUACGUAUGGGGGGCUCCUGAAAGAUCACAGCGCCACCGACCUGGCGGAGCACGCCUCGCGGGCCGCGCUGGCUGCCGGGAACCUGGCCCCCGAGCUGAUCAACAGUGUCAUUAUGGGAAAUGUCAUGCAGAGCUCUGCAGACGCCCCCUACAUCGCACGUCACGUGGGCUUGAGGUGUGGUGUUCCUGUGCCUGCCCCAGCUCUCACCGUCAACAGGCUUUGUGGUUCAGGCUUCCAGUCCAUCAUCAACGGUGCUCAGGAAAUUUGCUUGAAGGAGUCGGAGGUUGUCCUGUGUGGUGGGUCUGAGAACAUGAGUCAAGCCCCAUAUGCUGUACGCAACAUCCGCUUCGGGACCAAGUUCGGCCUGGACCUUAAGCUGGAAGACACGCUGUGGGCGGGGCUUACCGAUCUGCACGUGAAAACCCCCAUGGGCAUAACGGCUGAGAACCUGGCCGAUAAGUACCAGAUCAGCCGGGAGCAGUGUGAUGCGUAUGCGUACCAGACGCAGCAAAGAUGGAAGGCGGCACAUGAGGCCGGCCAUUUCGGUGCUGAGAUUGCACCCAUUGAUGUCAAGGCGAAAAAGGGCAAGAUGGCCAUGACACAUGACGAGCACCCCCGCCCACAGACCACCCUGGAGCAGAUGGCCAAGUUGCCAACGGUCUUCAAGAAGGGUGGCACCGUGACGGCCGCCAAUGCCUCUGGCGUGUCCGAUGGGGCUGCCGCCGUGGUGAUAGCCAGUGAGGAUGCACUGAAGCAGCACAAGCUGACUCCUCUGGCCAGGAUCGUGGCCUAUCAUGUAUCUGGCUGUGACCCCAGCAUCAUGGGAAUUGGUCCUGUGCCAGCGAUCACUGAAGCUCUGAAAAAAGCUGGUCUCUCUCUGAAGGACAUGGAUCUUGUGGAGGUGAACGAGGCCUUUGCCCCGCAGUACCUCUCUGUGGCCAAGUCGCUGGGGCUGGAUCCCGAAAAGACCAAUGUGAACGGCGGUGCCAUUGCCCUGGGCCACCCUCUUGGGGCCUCUGGCGCACGCAUCACUGCUCAUCUGGUGCACGAGCUCCGGCGGCGUGGAGCAAAAUACGGUGUUGGGUCGGCCUGCAUUGGCGGAGGCCAAGGCAUCGCUAUCAUCCUGGAAAACAUCAAAUGAAGAUACGGUCCCCAUCUAAUCCGGAUGCUGGCUGCUGCUAUGAGAUGGUUCCUUUGCAGAACAGAAUACCAUUAAUCACCAUACUCUUCUUUUCACAUGUUUAUAAAAAUCAUCUCUGUGCCUUAAAGACCUAGCAGCUUAGCUAUAGGACUGAUACAUUUUAAUAUAUCAUUUGUUAGUGUUUUUGAAGGCACCUACAGGUUUCCCUUUGUGUGUUCACUCAAACAGUUGUCGCGCACAUCACAUAUGUCUUGAUUAAUUAAUUUCUGCAAUGAAAAGGAUUCUGUUGGAAAUUUUCCCCUCCCAUCAUACAAUGAGAUCAUGCUGUUCUCCUGCUGACCAUGAUAAACACACUCGCUCUAACUGGCUCAGUUAUAUAUCAAAAGGUUCACAGAUACAUGAGCAAACUGGAAAAGCCUGAAAUUGCUUUGUUCUAUGUUUGUAUAAGGAAUCAUUUCUUAAUAAAAGAAAGUUUGGUAACUAUA